GCAGUGACUUCUGGGAUCAGUGGGCUCGUAGAAGGUGCUGGCGGAUAAGAAAGCCCUCUUUUCUUCUAUCCGCUUUUCUGGGUUGUUCGAACGUCUCCGGACGACUUCAUGCGUAUUUAAUUGAGAAUUGAAACGCACAGGCAGGCAAAGCCGGUUAGGAAAACCGGCGGGAUCAUUUCUGCUUCCGGUGCCAAAGGGCACGUGGAAUGUAAACACGGGACCACGGAGUGGCUUUCAGAAUGGCUUCCUUUGGGUGGAAGAGAAAGAUUGGUGAGAAGGUAUCCAAGGCCACGUCGCAGCAGUUUGAAGCUGAAGCUGCCGAUGAGAAGGAUGCAGCUGAGAAUGAGGAUGGGAGCUGGGUUCACGCCAGCAAGCGGAGGAAGGAAACCCUCCAGGAAGGCUGCAGACUGAAGAGCAAGCAGCUGAAGGACGAAGGCGCUAAUCUGGCUGAAAAGAAAAGAUACCAGGAGGCAAUUCAGAAGUGGGAUGAAGCACUGCAGCUGACCCCAGAUGAUGCCACCCUUUAUGAGAUGAAAUCACAGGUCCUGAUGUCCCUUCAUGAAAUGUUUCCAGCAGUACAUGCAGCCGAAAUGGCUGUCAAGCGUAACCCACACUCAUGGGAGUCUUGGCAGACUUUAGGUCGUGCUCAGCUUGGAUUAGGAGAGAUAGUCCUGGCAAUUCGAAGUUUUCAAGUAGCCCUCCACAUAUAUCCAAUGAACCCAGAAAUAUGGAAGGAGGACCUUUCAUGGGCAAGAAAGCUCCAGGAGCAGCAGAAAGUAGCUCGGAGGAUUGAAAAGAAAGAAAUUCCACCCGAAGGAACAGACAUCUCCCCAGAGUCGAUCCCUGACUAUGACUUUGAAAGCGACGAGAUUGUUGCUGUUUGUGCAGCUGUUGCAGAGAAACAGAAGUCGGUGUCUGCAAAUAAAACCAUGGUUAUUGUGUCAGCUUCUGGAACUGUGGAGAUAGUAAAUGAGAAGGAAGAAGGAGCCUCCACCCCAGAUGGCUCUGUCUUUAUCAAAGCCCGAUGAAGCAUACACGGUGAAAAGAUGUUUUUGAAUCUAGGGUUUUUUUUUUUUGUUUUGUUUUGGUUGCUACUUAAUGCUUAGAUGACAUACGAUAUCUACCCUGGAGGAGGAGGGCAAAACUUGAGUUUUUCAGAUGAAGCAUAUAAAAAUCAAGUAGUGGAAUCCUUUAGUGAUUGGACGAGCAAAUUGUACUUAAGGUUAGCAUCUUAAGUGAAAUGUGUUUUGACUGAUAAGCGUUUGAUUUGACUGUUGGGAGAGUACAUUUGAAGAUACAAUUUGGAAAUUGUGUUCUUGAAUAGAGAUUAACUUGACAGGCAGUGUUACUACAAUGUAGACUUGUAGACUUUUGUUUUAUGAUGGAGGAAGUGUGUAAUUUCUCUCCCUCCUAGAAAUCUGCUAUUUGUCUCUUUUCCAUUUUUCUUGCCGCACUAGUGCAAGCUUAAAUAUUUCUGACAUUCAUCUUGAUUCAAAGUUAUCAUUUGGUUGUAUUUGAUAUAUUUGAAAGUUUGCCUAAUGCAUGCAGAUGUGUGGAUCCUGAACAUUUCUUUGAAUUUUUGUUCUAAUUUGUGCUUAUGUUUUGACUUUAAAGUUAAAAGGUGGUAACUGUCUUCUUCAGUACUUGCUAACUGUGAACACUGAUGUCAGGGUGACGUUUCAUUUCAUUGUUAAGGUCAAGUCAUCUUUGUCACAAGUCAUUCAUUUUUAUGUGAAUGACAUUUGGAGAUUGUCAGUAAAUUCUACGCUUACAUUAUCCUGGUCAAAACAGAGUUUCUUUUCUUUUUUCCUUUUACGGGGAGGAUGUAGCUAGGCCCCCAGCAUGCUAGACUAGUACUCUGUUGCUGAGAAAAAUCCUCCUAUUUCUUUUUCUGAUUUUUACAAGUAUGAAGAGCCCAGAAAACAAUAGUAACUCAGGCUAGCCUCAAGACUCUUCCUGCUCGGCAUCUGGGACUGCUGGGAAUACAGACUGGAGCUGUCACAGCUGAUGAGUUUAUAAAUGUCUUUCCAAAGAUGUUUUUGUGGAAGUAUUCAAUAAAAUGAAAAAUAGUUACAGUUGCACAUCAGUAUAAAAUAGCAGUCUUUAAAGUAAAAAGGCAUUGAUGUUGUUAGAGUGUCAGUAUAUGACUGACAGGCAGAGAACUGGAAUGUGAUGGAUAGUGUAAUCCCUUGUGUGGAGCAGGUAUGAUAAGGAAGCAAAUGCCUCUCAUCCCAGCCCUACCGAAGGCAAGGCAGAGGACUUGUAAACUCACGGCCAGCUGGGGUGACAUGUAGUAAGACCUUGUCUCAGAACAAAACAAAAACAGUGGAAAAUAAAGCAACCAAAGAAGAAAAGCUUAUUAAAAAUCCUCAUUCACAGUCACAAACCAAUACUAUUAUUACCGUGGGUGACUGUUUCUAUCAUCUAUAUUGUAGUUCAAACAAAACAUGCACAACUGCCAGGUGCUGUUCUUCCUGAUACUCAGGAAGAUAAAAUUUUUUUCCAUUGGAGAUGAAAGUUAUUUCUGUUGUGUUAUGAAAUCUUAACAAAACCAAUUGGAACAUGUAAUUAUGGACAGCAUUUUUGUGAGGAUGAUAUGUUUUAGAAGGUAUUUUAGGGGAAUGAUCAUUUUUUUUUUCUUUCCAGUUGGAGAAAUCAGCAGUUGCUUUAAAUAGUGUUAUAUUCCCUUAUUACCCCCAGAAAUAAGCCCCUGGGAUGGAGAGGUCAGCUUUAGAAUGAGUGAAAAAAAAAUACUUUGUUAAAUAGCAAGGAAUAUUCUCAGAGGAUAGAUGGCUAGAGAAGUAAGUACGUCACGUUUGCAACAGAUAUAUGGAUAUAUCUGUUUAUUGUGUAAUUUGUGAAAAAUAGCCUUUCCCUUGUGUGUUGGAGAUUUUGAGAAUUAGGUAGAUUUUAUUUUUCUCUGUGUAAAAGUAUACAUGAAACAUUUGUAUGGUUCCCACGUGCACUGCGUAGUCAAUGCUAGCCAUUUCUAGGAAGAACUUGUCUUCGUUUGGGAAUGCGUCCUCUCACUUCCUUCUGAUUUUAGGAAAGAUUUUUUUCAUAACCUUUUAUCUGAAUGAAAUAGAUACUGUGAUACUGAAAGACAGUUGUCAGUUAUAGAUUGCUGUUGACAUGGAGUCUGUGCCUAACCUCAAAAUGGGCAAUACUCCACAUGGCCUGCGUGCUGCUUCCGGACCACUAAACCUGUUGUCUCAACUCUUUUGGCGUUAGUGAGUCAUGCUAGUCUCCUUAUUACUCAGAUCUAGAAUGCAAAAUAGACAAGAUGAGGAGAAAAAGGAAGACUUAGUUAUGGAGAAAGGCUCAUUUUUCCAGACCACCAAAGGUACUUUGGCUAACACGUCCAUGCAGGAAGAGAAAAACGCAUUGGUUAUUUUGCUGGGAUUUGAGUAAUGGUAUGUAAAAGUUUACUAAACUUGUUAAUUAGAAUAAUGCCUUCUUAUGAACCUGGAGAAAAAUGACACUCAUGAUAAUGAUAUAAUUAUGUUUAAUUAUCUUAAACAACAGUAUUAGUGUUAAAAUUAUAUCGAAUAUGAUUUGUAUGGUUCUAGUUUCAAAAUUGUAUGGUAUAGACACUUGUUAGAGAAGUACAGUAGAGACCAUACCUGAAAACUUGAGGCUCCUGUUAACCUUUAGAGUGCAGGCGCCUGGGUGAUAAAGUGUUGUAUCUUCAAUAUCUAAUGUAAUUGAAAAGUUCUGCGGGGGACGUUUCAGAACUCCCUACAGCUGGGGCCCAUGGACAACACAGGAUGGUGAUAGCGUAAGCACGCAAGUAUUUUAGAUUGCUCUUGUUGUUUGGCUAAAACUAAUGAGUUGGAAGGGAUUGUCUUAGAAAAGUGAUACUUCCAUGAUUGUGGCAGGACCGCGCAGCCCCAUCAGUUUGCAGAUUAUGCUUCAUGCAGUGACUCACGGGCUGGUUCCCCUUCCUAGCAGUAAGGGAAUUAUUAAUCAGCUCUUUAAUUUCCUUCUGUGGGGAACCCCUCAAAACCCGCUCUGUGAUAGACACUCUAGGCUGUGGUUUCACGACAUAGCCUGCGUCUGGAUGAGUUAGGAGUGAACACAAGAGCCAUCAUCAUCAUCAUCUUCACUGUGUGUGUUAAAAUGUGGUUUUCUGAGAUGACUUUAAACCAACAAAGGAGUCUCUGAUGGGUGCCAUUUUAGCAUACAGAAAUUCUCUUUUCAACUAGUAAUAAAGUAUGACAGUUUGUGAAUGGUCUCUCGACCCAUGUAAGUUAAAAUGAAACGAAGGAGAUCAUAUCUGAAGUCAUGUACCUUAGCCGCAUGCAAUUGAGUUGGGCCACUAUGAAUGCAAGAGCCACAGUGAUCCUGCAGCGAGUGCACAAUGCCUUCUUGAGUGUUAUGUGUGAGCUACCUGUGUUGUACUUGGAGAGCGGUGGAAAGCUGAUAAAUGGGCAGUUUCUUGGGAAAUCCUGAUCCCCUCCCACCUCCCAAGGAGAGGAAGGAGCGUGGGAAACAGGGCUGGACACGCUGGUCCCUUUCUCCCUUUUCUCUGCAUUGGUCAUGCCUCCUUUCAGGUACAUUGUGAAUCUUGCAGGAAAGGGGAAGCCUGUGCUUCAGAGCUGCCUAUAGCUCAGCAAGGCCUACUCGGCCAUUAUUUGCUGUUAUUUGGUGUCAUCUCUGUGUCCCCGACUUGUCUCUUGGGUAGUUAGGCCACGAGGAAGCCCAGAUCAUUUAGGACUCCCUUAAGCCCUAUAAAGAUUUGAAUUUAUUUCAAAUUAAGCAGAAGGAAAAUGUCAAAGUCCUAAUUUUUUUUAAGUUGUGGAGAUUUUAUUAAAAAUGAAUAAUGUCUGUUACAAGGCACCAGGACAUUUUGCUUAUACUAUUUAAAAGUCUGCUGCCUGGGAAUAGUAGUAAACCACAAAGCUGAAGGAAGGAACGCGGGGUGAGUUAUAUCCUCACCCACUUCUGUCGGUUUUCUUACAUGACGAUCAAGACAUGAUCUUACAUGUCUUACAAGACAGGGAAAAGGCAGCUGCUUUAAGUUUGCAGUUUGAAAAGUUCUUGACAAACGUGUGAAUAUCCGCUUACCUCUGCCCGUCACCGUGAAUAGUUCUGUGUUCACCCAAAAAGUCUCUACAAAUCAGAAGUGUCUAGUUCACCUCUGCCCUCGUACUCUGCUCUAUUCAGUGACCUAUCUGCUCUCUGGGAUUAUAAAUUAGAUUUUUCUUUUGUGGAUUUAUAAAUGAAUAGAUUAUACAAUAUGUACUCUCAUGUCUGGCAUAUUUUGAUUAGAACGGUGUAUUUUGUUCUUUCAUGCUCAGCUUGACCCCUGAUUUUUAUAUGUCAGUAAUAUUUUUUGUUCUGUUCCUUUAUUAUUCUCUUGUGGGAAUAUGUCACAGUUUGUUUAACUGCUGGUGAUGAUAAACAUUUAGGUUGUUUCAAGUUUUGCUUUAUGAAUAAAGCUGCUUUGUACAAGUGA